CUGGAGCUUGGCUGUCGGAGCGGUCAGGAGCAGCGGGUGGCCGUUGCGCUGCACCAUGCUCGGCGUGGUGCAUUUCCUUCGCAGCUUCUUCAAGACUGCAGAGUCAGAUGCGCCUCCUCCAGUUGAAGGUGGGAGUGAAGAGGAUCACCAACUCCACCCGCCCCCUGCAGACCCAGAGGACCAGGAAUGGCACCAGGAAAUAGACCCUGAGGAUUUUGAGACACUAUCCCACAAGAGUGAAAGUCGAUCAGACACAAAAACAGACCCCUUUGAAAGCGCUUCUGAGGUAGAGUCCCUGCCUGGUGACCUCACGGAUGGAGUCUGCUCCUCUCCAUGUGGCCCCUCUGCAGAUAGAGAAGCAGGCUGGGGAUGCCCUGGUGGCUCAGCAGCGAGAUUUCCUCAAGAGCAGCAUUUAGCUUGUGUUGAAGGGCUCCAUAUAGAGGAAGAGCUGGAUUUACUCUCAGGCUUGAAGGAAGAGUCUCACCAAAGCAAACUGCACAUGUCGGCGGCUGCCGCCGCUGCUGAAAAACAGCAUGAAGAGAGUCUCUGUGACUGUGUGACCAGCUUGGUGCGGAAGUCUGUGCCAGCGGCCGAGUCCUUCUCCCAGAGGGCCACCAGCAGCGGCAGCAGUCCCCAGCUGCAAAAGGCCAGGUCUGGGGGCUAUCUGGAUGUCCCUGUGGUCUGGCCCUGCUUGCUCCAACACUGUGAACUAGGUCAGAGCUGGCCACACAUCCACUGCAGGGCUGGCGCAGCAGAGCUACCUCACAUAGGCCCACGGGACAAUGACUUCCCUCUGUGGAACAGGACAAAGAGGGGGCCUGGCCCCAGGCCCACAGUGGGCACAGACUUACUUUGGGUUCAUUCCUGCUUGAAUGUAGCCUGCCAGCCACGACUGGGCACACCUUGCCUUGUAGACAUCAAAUGUCAUCAUAGCGUCCCAGAAAAUCUUGGUGCCAAUGGCAGGACACCUCAAAGACACCUUUGCCAGCGUGUGAAGAGCCUGGUUAGGGCUCAUUCUAUAGCAGCAUUUCCUUUGGGCUGCCUUAAGGAGCCUUUGAAGCGGAAAUGUGUGACAUUUGGGUCCUACUUGAGGGAGGAAGGGACAGAAGUAGAACCAGACCACCCAAUCAUUCCUAACCCUCUUUCCCCUGAGCCCACCCAGCGGUCUUAUUUCCUUUCCACUUCUCCAAGCAGGGUCCCUCCUUUGCGGGAAGAGCACAAGCCGAGUGAUUGUAGCAUUAAAAGGACAUCUCCAGACACACCCUGUGUAGGUCUCCCACUGGAAAACCAGGUAGAACAGGCUUCUAGGUCAUGCCCAGACCCUUCCCACCUUAUUUCAGAAUUGCUGAAGCUUGGCAGCCAAGAGGAAGUGCCUGGACCCGCUGAAAGCAAGCCAGGGCACGGCCCAGAAAGCAGACUUGAGGAGCCCGAAGGUGUCCAGCCUGAUGAUGCUAUCAGUAAACAAAGGUGCCUGCAAAACAUCCUUGCCAAGACAGGAAACCAGACCAAGACCUGCUCAUCAAAGCGCGUUCUCAAUGAGGAGAGAAAGCCGCCAGAUAGGGCCUCCCCCUUCCCACACGGCGGCAGCCACAGUGAGAUGCCUAUGUGGAACGAAGUGGGUUCCUCGGAAGCGAGGGAUAGUGCCUAUGCCCCAAAGACCACUCCGAGACCAAGUGUAAUUGAUCCUCCAGAAGCAGCCGGCGCAGUGGUUCUAGACCUCCCGUGCAGGGGAAAUGCCUUGCAGAGUCUUUUGGAUUUCCCAACUGUGGAAAUAUCUUACUGCAGCCCUGGGAAUGAGUGUGCACAGGGAACCGGGGAUGGCAAGGAGCCUUUCACUUCUGGCCAGCAGCAGGUGCCCAAAGUCCAUGGCACCUCUAAGCACAGCUGCAAACUCAUUAUGAUAGCAGUAAAGCAGGAACACAAGCAGACCUCUACGAGGAAGGCCCGCUGUGGUCAAAAAUCACAGUCCUGUGAUUUCCCAGAGGAAAGACGCGACUCUCCACAAGGCGCCGGCACCACAGCUUGUGAGUCUCCCAGGGCCUCAGAAAUGCCAAUGUGCGGGGGUGAGUGUGAACUGCCAGGAUGCCCCGCAGCAGGGCCGGGUGAUGGGGCUCCUCAGCUGCUGACCGGAGGAGGCAUAGAGCUUGUGAGAGCUCUGGUCUCUAGGGCUGCCUCAGAUGACACGCUGAGCUCAGAGGAGACGCUGGAGGAGAAGCUGCUCGGGGAAACCUCGAGCCUGGGGUCUGAGUGUGUACACUCGGGCUUGGGCAUCCACCCCGAGGGGAACCAGGAGUCGCCCAGCCCAGAACUCAAACAAGGGGAGUUUGCGGAGGACGCAGAAGUCUCCGGUGCAUGGGCCGGUGAGGCAGAGGUCCCCCAUUCAGGAGUCUUGACUUCGGCCCAAGUCACAAUGAGGCCGUUCCAGGGACCCUGCGGCCGGCUUCAGCAGGGUGCACAGGACUCAGAGCAGCACCCUGCCUUUGUCCAGAUGACCCCUUUAAGGACGGACAGGUCUUGGUCUGAGGAGAGCCCCGGAGGGGACACACCCUGCAGCCCGGUCUUGACCUCAGAGGGCCUGAACCCAGCUUGCCCCAGUCCUGAGGAAGGUGUGCCCCAGAGUCCAUGGUUCGCAGCCCGCCAGGUGGAGCUGCCUCUGCACCACGUGCACCAGAGCAUGCCUCCGGAGGCCCGUUCUGUUGGUACACACCAAGAGACUCGAGUGGGGAGAUCAGGGAGCCUCGGUGGCGAAGGACCUUCCCCGGAAAGUUGCAACCUCAAGAGACUGAAAACAACGGAGAGCAAGAUCAGGGCAAGGCUGGCCUUAGCCCAUAAGACCUUUACCAACUUUUUUGAGGCCAAAGUUAUAGAGAAAACGAACGCCGGCUCUGGCAAAGGCGAGAAAGAGAAGCGCAGGCGAGGCCAGGGCUCUUGGCGCACGUUUCUGAGAAUCAAAGAUGUGGAAGGCUCCAAAAGGCCCUCGUUAGUGAGUGGGGUUCCGGGACCGGACUUUCCCGAACCCCUCUGCUCUCCCCCACCGGCAACCAGAGGCCACUGUGAAGAGUGGACAGUUGGCACCGACAGCCAUGUGUGUGUGGAGUCCUGGACACCCCUACAGUCUCCUGCAACUCCGCCCUCCUGCUGUCUGGCUUCUCCGGAACGCAGGAGGAAAAGCGAACCGACCAUUAAACCCACUGCUACCCAGGAAAGCAGCCGGUGCCUGUCUUCGGGGAUCUUCCCAGAGCCGUCCUGGCUGCCUUCCCCCACCAGCCCUGGAGCCCAGCCCAUUGGCAUCGGUUGUACACUCCCCUGCAGCUCCGCCUGCCACUUGGCCUGUGAACACCAAGGCAUGCCUUGUAGACCCACGAGCCCCAAGCCCACCAGCCCCAUGCCUGGGGCUCAGAGGGUAGAUCUCUGCCUUGGGGGCAGGACCAGCGCCGUCUCCAUGGUCUCGCUCAGAAGCUACAGGGACGCCAACCGAUGUUCAGAGGUCUCCGAACGGCCCAAGGGCAAGGCCAGGGCAAGCCUCUUACUCUCUCUACAAACUCUAAACCAGAACGACCAGAAGGAAGACAGCACAAACACAUGCCAGUGUCACCACGGCCUGGGCACAGCGCCCUUCCUUAGGGACCUUCCUGGGAGUGAGAGCUACAUCGCCCAGGAAAAAUCUCCAGACAAGAAGUCCAGUUGUUCCUGUGAUCAGGAAACUUCUUCUACAGAGCCUACUCAGCGGCUGGUGUCUGCCACUGAAGUAGUGACAUGGACCCUACCCUCCAACUCCACAGAGCAAGUCCCCAGAGAGGUCCCCUCACAGCUCACGAGGGCCCCUCGGCACUCUCCCUUCAGCUUGGAUGACCUCUGGAUAGAAAAGACGCAGAGGAGCAUGCUGGAGAAGCAGCUGCAGCUCAGGAGAAAGACGUGUACGGGGACAGCACACUCGGACCAAGUUCAGUGCUGGAGGAAGACAAUCGUCACCUCUCCAGAGUCUCUGCACCUCCCUAGAAGAAGCCACCUGCUCUCCCAGAGUGCCCCAGUGGGACUGGACUACACAGGCUGGCCAGAGCCCGUGCCUGAUACUGGGAUGCCCGAUGGAACUCUGGACACCGUGUGCGCAGAGGAAACAGGCAGUGAGGAGGACCUGUAUGAAGAGCUUCACACCUCGGGGCACCACUACAGCCACCCGAGAGGAGGUGGAGAGCAACUGGCCAUCAAUGAGCUCAUCAGUGAUGGCAGUGUGGUGUGCGCUGAAGCCCUGUGGGACCAUGUCACCAUGGAUGACCAGGAACUGGGCUUCAAAGCUGGGGAUGUCAUCGAAGUGAUGGAUGCCACCAACAGGGAAUGGUGGUGGGGCCGAGUCGCAGAUGGCGAGGGGUGGUUCCCUGCCAGCUUUGUACGGCUGCGGGUGAACCAGGAUGAGCCCGCGGACAACUAUGAGGCCCCGCGGGCCGGGGCUGGAGAGGCCGAUGAUAACGUUGCAGAGGCCCAGAGCUGCAAGGACCAGAUGCGUACCAACGUCAUCAAUGAGAUCCUCAGCACUGAGAGGGACUACAUCAAGCACCUUCGGGACAUCUGCGAGGGCUAUGUCCGACAGUGCCGGAAGCGUGAGGACAUGUUCAGUGAGGAGCAGCUGCGCACCAUCUUCGGGAAUAUCGAGGACAUCUACCGUUGCCAGAAGGCGUUUGUGAAGGCUUUGGAGCAGAAAUUCAACACAGAGAGGCCACACCUGAGCGAGCUGGGUGCCUGCUUUCUGGAACACCAAGCCGACUUCCAGAUCUAUUCUGAGUACUGCAACAACCACCCCAACGCCUGUGUGGAGCUCUCCCGGCUCACCAAGCUCAGCAAGUACGUGUACUUCUUCGAGGCCUGUCGGCUGCUGCAAAGAAUGAUUGACAUUUCCCUGGAUGGCUUUCUGCUGACCCCAGUGCAGAAGAUCUGCAAGUAUCCCCUCCAGUUGGCGGAGCUGCUCAAGUAUACGCACCCCCAGCACAGGGACUUUAAGAACGUUGAAGCUGCCUUGCAUGCCAUGAAGAACGUGGCCCAGCUCAUCAAUGAACGGAAGCGGAGACUUGAAAAUAUCGACAAGAUUGCUCAGUGGCAGAGCUCCAUAGAGGACUGGGAGGGGGAAGAUCUCCUGGUCAGGAGCUCGGAACUCAUCUACUCGGGGGAGCUGACCCGCGUUACACAGCCUCAAGCCAAGAGUCAGCAGAGAAUGUUUUUUCUCUUUGACCGGCAGCUCAUCUACUGUAAAAAGGACCUGCUCCGCCGGGACGUGCUGUACUACAAGGGCCGCCUGGACAUGGAUGACCUGGAGGUGGUGGAUGUGGAAGAUGGGAAGGACCGUGACCUCCAUGUGAGCGUCAAGAAUGCCUUCCGUCUGUACUGUGGUGCCACGGGCGACAGCCACUUACUGUGUGCCAGGAAACCAGAACAGAAGCAGCGCUGGCUGAAGGCCUUUGCCAGGGAGAGGGAGCAGGUGCGGCUGGACCAGGAGACAGGCUUCUCCAUCACUGAGCUGCAGAAGAAGCAGGCCAUGCUGAACGCCAGCAAGCAGCAGGCCACAGGGAAGCCUAAAGCUGUUGGCAGGCCAGGGUACCUGACCCGCCACAAGCAUCCAUCCAUGCCUGCCAGCCGGCCCCAGCAGCAGGUGUUGGUGCUAGCCGAGCCUAGGCGGAAGCCAUCUAACUUCUGGCACAGCAUCAGCCGACUGGCACCCUUCCGAAAGUGAGCCAGCACGUAUCGGACAACCUGGCGGCACUCUGCGGACCCAGGCUUCCCUCAAGGCCUACUCCAUCAGGCCUUCUACCUGUUUUGGAAACUGGAAGUGAACAGGUACAGCAUCAGAGCUGUAUGAAGUCUGGGCCCCGCCUCUGGCCUCUUCCCCACUGCUGACGCACGGGUACCAGCCUCUGCCUAUACUCUGGACCUGCACAGGGCCUCCACCAAUGGUAAGCCUGCAAGGCACAGCUCAGAACCACCGGCCAGGCUGUGCAAACAAGGCUCAUUUGCUCCAGACGUUCUUUGGAAAGCUUAAUCUGCACUCCUGUUUUUGGUGGGCAGGAGACCAAAGUCCGUGGCCACGAGCCAUCUGCAAAAGCAGGUGUGUCGCCCUCUGCUAUUUCUCCUUUCAGGCCCCCAGCCCACUUGCAACUUCAGAGGUCAGGAACCAGGAAUUCUGCACUCCUAACUACCCAUAGCUGUCCUUAGGCCUCCUGGCUCCUCUAGACACUGCUGGCUGCCAGACACCCUCUUUGUGACAUGUGCAAUGAGAAAAAAAACAAAACUGUACAGUCAGCUGUGUGCCUGGUUCCAGGUUAGUGACAGUCCCCUAUGGCUGGGGUGGCUGCACACAUACCCAGCCCCUGUUCAUUACGAUUUUGUCAUGUUGUUUCUCUAACAAUGGAGAAUCGGGAGAAUUGUUAAUGACACAGAAAGAUUGCCUUACCCUAGUGAGUGUGAGAAGCCAUAAGGACUGAAUUCUGUGGCCUAGCAUGGACUGACUCCUCGUGGGGCACACAGCCAGGCCUGCAUGUAGUGCAGAGCCCAUAGGAUUCAGAAGCAUGGUCAGUUACUCUUGCACUGUACCUUCUUUAAUCCAGAAACCACAUUUAAUUUCAUAAAGAAACUUAAGAAAAGUAA